GAAAACGAAAGGAGUGAAAACCGGAAGACCUUAAGAAUUUGUGUUUACGGCUCUUAAAACUAAAACGCAUAAACAGCAGAAACUGAAAUAAUACAACAUACCUGGUUAUCAUACAAUACGUUAUAAGCUCCCCAGAACAAACUAUUAUCCUGUUAUAUAUUGGCUAUUAAAGGUAAGAGAUGGAUUAAAUUAUAAAUCAUAAAUAUUGCAGUGGAAGAAGCUACUUUGUGGUUUAGUUCUUUUAACUUUUAGUUUUAAAUUUAAAGUCGUGUAGUGACAGUGUCAGUAGACAGUAGUACUAGAAGUCGGGGUAAGUCGAUUACCAUGGCCAUAUGACUAUUGACUAUUAUGAUGUAAAUCAAAUUGGUCAUGGUUGAAUCUGUUUCAGUUUUAGUGUAUAGUUUAUUUAUAAAACUGAAAUGUUGUGUUGCAAAAUAUGUAUAUCUAAAUCUUAUAUCACUGCCAUGUGUAAGUUAGGGUGGCUCUGAAAAAUGUUUGGAGUUGGACUCCUAAUAAUUUUAAUUUUAUUAUUUUUAUGCUAUUACUAUUAUUUUUCAUUCUUAUGUGUAUUUAUUCAUGAAGUGGUUAGGCAAGGCAAAUGCCCUCAAAGGGAGCUCCCCCAUAGAUUUUGCAUGUUUGAUCCCUAAAAAAUUAACAUUUAUUUAAUGAAAUAAGUGAUUUUCAGUGAUUAUAACACUGGCAUUGCUCUCUACAAAUUUAAGGGUAGAGUCUCUACCCUUAAAUUAAACAGUUAUUUAAGUUAUUUGCAUAUGAAAAGUUCUCUUCACCUUUUUCUCCACAGAUUGUUGUUAUAUUAUAUUGGUAAAUUUUAAGGACUGGACCAAUUAUGUUAUAAAUCUAUGACAUAAGAAUGAAAAUCUCCAAUGUUCUAAACUGUUCUUUUUCUGAGUGGUACCCAAAAUUUAGAAGUUUUUCAUUCAAGAGGUCAGUGAACUUUAAAUCUCUAUUUUUUAUAAGAUUUUUAAAACUUUAAUUUUUAUCCAGUGGAAAUUUGUUUACUUAAUUGUGUAUGCUUCAUAAAUCAUUUGAAUACUACCUACUACCAGUUCAUAUUUUAAGGACAGAAAAUUAACAGUUUUAUAAUCAUGUCAGUCUCAAGUCAUCAACACUGUUGAAAACAGGCAUGCAAUGCCAGUUGAAGUUUAAGUACCUGUAGUAAAAGAACAAGGUCCUAUCAAUAAUUUCUUGGCCUCGUGGGAUUGCUUGCAAAAAUACAAGAACAACCCAGAGAUCAAGUAGCUAUUACCAAAUAUAUCAUAAUAACAAUUUACACUAAUAGAUAAAGGUCUCCACCACUAAUUAAAUCUACUGAUCUUUUUAUCGGUUUAUUGGACUUAUGAUUUGUGAAUUUUAGUUUUAGCCAAUAAUAGUGUCACAGAUGGUGGUAUGAGGUAUGGCCCAUCGCGUACCAAGUAGUAUUGGUGUUGGUUAAUGCAGGGCUGCUCCUCUCUGUGAUAGUUCCGUAUCCAGACGUUGAGGAAUGUAACGAAGACAACACAGACUUCAAUGAAUGACUAAGAAAUUCCUCUUUAACAAUUAUAAUCAAAAGAAUGUAUUGAUAGAUAUAAUAUAGUCUAGUAAUGUUUCUUUUCCAACUGUUAACAUCCAUUAAUCUUCAACCUUUCCAACCUCCCAAAACAUUCCCCACUUCCUCCCGGAAAUCGCACCCCAGCUCAUUUAUCAUUAAAUAAAAGUGGUGCCACAUAGGGGAAAGUUCAGAACAAAACACAUUAUAAAUUACAGGAAGAAGCAAUGGAGCGCCGUUGUUAAACCCCACCCCCAGUCAUUUGUGACAAAUAUUUAUAACCCCGCUCAUGGAUUCCUUCAGACGUGAGAGAUAUGUUUGAAAUAUCAUUAUUUGGCCUGAAUAAUGGUGUUUUUUUAGCCAACUGCACCAGUUAAUUAACAGUCACAUUUUAUUUCGGUAGAUGUAUAAAGAAUUACAAAGUUUGAAUCUUUAAAUUUCAGUAUUGUCAUCCCACUUCCAGACUUCUUCCUGUCAUAUCUUCACACAGAUGGUGUCAUUCUUCCAAACAGGUGAUACUAAAUCAUUUUUGUUUUAUUCUAAAACAUGCUUCUGCUUGAACUUGCAGAAUUAACCUCUAAAAGCAGUCUAUAUAAAAGAUAUAUAUAUAUAUAUAUAUAUAUGAUUACAGCCUCGGCCAUCCAAUUAGUCUUGCCAACUGUCCAUACAGCAUAUUCUUUGGAAUACGGCCUUUUUCCAUUCUCCUUACAUGACCUUACCAGCAAAGGCGCCUCUUAACAAGAGCGGCAAACAUGCUACAUAUUUUGGCACGUUCCAAUACCUUUUUGAAUAUGUCUUUUAUAUAAACUGUUUAUGUUUUUUGCCUCGAUUAGUGUACCUUUUCUGAUAUUCCCAUCUUGAGGCUUGAAAUGACUAUAAGUUGUGAAAGGCUGAAGACCAAUGCACCAGCGCGUUUUGGUGUUUAACAAUAAAAGUAACUAUUCAGUGUGUCUUUUAAGUCACUUUAUAAACACAAAUACAUUUUUCAUAUUUCUGUAUCACAGAUAGUGUUUAUUUUCUUGAAAUAACUCUUUUCUAUACUUAGUUCACAUCAUGGUGUAUACACAAAAUCAAAAAAUUUGGCCAUGGAUGGAGAUGAAGAUGAUCCAGAUAUUAGAGAUGAUGAACUCAUGAAAAUGUAUGAGGUAAAUUAAGUUGUUUUUGUUAAUAUGCUGGUGACAUUUAAUAUACUCUCAAUAAUCUAGAGUAAAAUUUUCAUCAAUUUUUACAUAGUCAGUUCUUGCAAAUGACUCAAAUGGGCUAUGUUAGUAAAGCAUUGUCAUUGCUUUUAAAACAAUUCUGGAAUUUUAUCACAGUUAAACCUAACAAACUUUUUCUUUUUAAAGAUUUAAAUUUGAAUAUAUUUAGUUUUACAUUGUAAAUCAUGGGUGGCCAACCCAAAAUGCUUUAAGGGCAACUUUGAUAGUGAGUAGACCUUAUGCGAGCCAUAUGUAAUUACACGUUUUCAAUGUUAUAAGAAUCACUCACUAAAUACUGUAUACAAUUAUUUAUUUACUCUUAAUGCACAUAAUGAAAAUGCAAAAUAGCAAAAAUAAAACUUAACCAAUGGGAUAAAUGCUUACCUUUUCUCUUACUUAAAAUUUUAACAUCAUCAAUUUAUUUAUAUAUUGAAUGAAGAACAAAUAAGUUUAUUUUUGACACUCAGGCACCGGCGGGCCACAAUAUUUAAUGUGACAGGCUGCAUGCGGGCCGCAGGUUGGCUUCCCCUGUUUUAAAUUUUUUUAAACUAGAGAAAUUUAAAAAUUCAAUUUUAUAACCUAAACCAAAAAUGAAUUUUUGUAUAGAGUACUUACAAUUAGUGUAUUAUGUGCACGGAGACAAUUAUUUGUAAUGUAUGAGACCUUAUUAAUAUUAAAUUUGUUAUCACUAUUGAAAAACUUCAACUUAUCAUUAAAAUUUGAAAGAAUACAUGGUAUAAAUAGAUUAACUAUUUUCCAGUCAGACUGGUCAACAAGUUGCAUCCAAAGCAGCGCUGAGGUCAGUAUCUAUGCUAUCCUAAUUCUUUAGUUAGUAGAGAUACUUUUUAUAACUCUAAUAUUAAUUUUACACCAACGUCAUUCAGAUUUGAUAACUAGUCAAUUUCAUUUUGUUCCUUUUUUCAAACUAAUAUUUUAAAGUUAUAAUUUAAAAGUGAACAAAUAGUCCGUCUUACGAUUAAAAUAUAUUAUUACACUAUGCUGAUUUUGUUUCUUGUUUUGUUUCUUGUAUUUUUAUCUUAACAUCUAAAAUGUAAUUGCAAACACAGAGAAAUUUAGAAUGACUAUGUUUUGAAUGUAAAUUUUUGAAAGAAACAAAUAUAAAACAAGACAUGUGACAUACUUUGAAUUUUCUUGUUAGGCUCCAGAUUUUGGAGAAUUUGAUAUCCAAGUAAAGUCAGCUAUAAAACUUCUGGGUGGGAAAGUUUUUCCAAAGUUGAAUUGGAGCUCCCCAAAAGUAUGUUUAUCUAAGCUUCCUCUGUUAUGUGGAAGAUCUGAUGUGUACAAUUAAUAUUGUUUAUUUUCAAAAUAAUUAAAUUUGAGUUAGCCAAACUGUUAUUUUAAUUGUUAAAAUAGACAUGUAUAUAACUAUUCAAUUUACUUAGGUUAUGAUAUAUUUUUUAAUAUUUAAGCUAAACACAAGAGGCUUGAAUUUAGCAACACAAAUAAAAACACUAAUAGGAACACCUUAAUUCUUUUUAAACUGUCCUGAAUACCUAAAUAAAUUAAUGUUAAGUGUGGGUUGCAUGGUCAUCAUGUAUUGUAAUAAAUUUGUGAGUAAAUUUAUGAAAGGUAAAGUACUUUGUAGCCGUUUUGGGUAACUGUGAAAAUUAUAAUGUAAAAAUGUAUGGUGUUUUUAUGUAAGUUGUGAAAAUAAACUUUUAAACUAUUAAAAGUAUACAAAAUUAAUUUUGAAUUUGUAAACGAUAGAAUGCUUCAAAUCCUGCUUUUUAAAUACAUAAUUGCAAUACUUUUUUUUAAAUCAACAGGAUGCAACUUGGAUAGCGUUUGACAAAACUUUAAUGUGCACCUGUCCUAGUGAUGUUUACUUAUUACUGAAAAGUUCAGAAUUUAUUGCACAUGAUCUUGAUCAGCCGUAAGUAGCUUAUAUUUUGAUUUUGUAUCAGAAGUUGUUUAUUAAAAUGUGGGCAAUUAUUUAACAUAAAACACCUGGGAAAGACAUAUUUUUUAAUGUCAAAAGAAGUUUAAAAAAAAAUAUUUUUUUUCUUACAAAUUUCUCUUUUUUCAAAGACUCUUAAACAUAUAUUCUUUAAAGCAAAUUAGUGCUAUUUUUACAACAUGGAUUUUAAAAUUAAUGAACAAAUCUAAUUAAAGUGUUAACAAGCUGUUGUAUUUCAUGGGAAAAAAUUAUAAAUCAUAGCAUUAUUUAAUUUUCCUAUUUUUGGAAAACUUAAUUGUCCGAAAUAUUUUAUUGUUUCGGUUCAUUUUAAUAUUUAAUGUUUUGAUAUUUUAAUUGCAAUAAAAUAUUUCCUCUAGAUUCUCCCUUUGUGAAGACCACACAAAUGCUAGUGCAGGACAAACGGUUGAUUAUACUUUAGUGUUACGUAAAUGGGAACCUCCAAAUCCAUCUACAGAAUUCAGGUGUUUUGUUCAUGAGAACAAACUGAUAGGUAAUAUUUAGAUGUUUUUGUUUUUAAACGUGUAUUUCUUUUUAACCAAUUACAUCCUGAUUUAUUAGAAGAAAUUUUUUUUUUUUUUUAAAGUUCACAACUUUCUGUACUAGAUCUAAAUCUAGAUGAAACAUGGAAAUAAUUUUCUUCAAAAAUUUAACAGCUGCAAAAGAAAAGAAGAAAAAAAGAUAAGUUUACACAUAAAUUAUGCUGCCAUAUUUUAUCUGCUUCUUAUUAAAAAUUUCACUACAUCAAUUUACAUAAAUGAACCUAUUUAAAUGAAUAAAUAACUUUAGCUCUGUAGUUAUCCACAAAUCAAAGCUAUAAACAUUUGAAUGGGACUCCAAAGCAAAACCAGACAUAUAUGUUGUUAUGUUAUAGCCUGUGUCUUGGUCUAUUUUCCACGUCAAAUUAUAGCUAUUUAUAGCACUUUUCUCCACUAUUAUAGUGUAUGGCUUUUUUUCAUUUCAACAUGGAACUAUUAUUAGCCAACACCACUUGUCUCAUUAGAAUAGUCUUGCUUUGACAUCGUUGUUUAAAUGUGCUGUGUCACUCCUUCCUUACUUGCCCCUUUCUUGGCUGGGAAAAGGGUGUUUACAUUCCAAUGUGAUCCGUUUAUUCUAAAGACUGCCAUUAAGUGUCACAAUUUCUAGAAUUUCUGUACUAGAACGUUCUGAAUUGGUUCCUAUAUAUAUAUAGGCUGAAUGCUUUCUUAGUAGUGAGACAUAGAUAGACAAAGCUAGACAGAUAGAGAGUGCGAGAGACAGCUUUUCACUAUACGAGACAUUAUAUGAUUUUAUGUGUAAAUUAAUAUUUGAAUUUGAAGGAAUGUAUCUUUUUCACUUGCUGUAAGUUGAUAAAGUUUUUUUGGCUUCUGUACUCAAAUUUGUAUUUUUAAAGAAAUAUAUUUUUAUAAUUAAAUAAAAUAUUGUUAGCAUCACUAGCUUUGGUAUCAUUUUAUUUACACACUAUUUUUCUCAGUCCUUUGUUUAUAUAUUGUUUACUCUAUGUGCCAAAAUCUUAAAUGUCUGAAACCAUAACAAUACAUAACAAUGUACACACAUUGCCCAUGUGAAUAGAAAUUUGACAAUUUAAUCAAGAAAGCACAAUAAAAAUGAUGCAACAUAUAAUAUAUGUUAGCAUUUUAUAUAUUAUGGGGAUUCCUUUUUUUUUUUUUUAUCUUGACAAUUCUUGAAAUGAAAUAGCUUAAAUAUUAUUAGAGAAAAUAAAUAUUUCAUAGAUAUGACAUGUACUUAUAAAGUUUCUACACACUUUCUGAAGGUGAUUUUCACAUUUUCAGGGGUUUGUCAAAGAAAUGGAAACAAAUUUUAUCCACAUAUUAAAGAGAUUAAAGAAGUUAUUCUGGCAGAUAUUUCAACUUUUCUACACUCAACAGUAACCAGGCUUUUCCCAGAUUCUUCAUGUAAGUAUUACUUUCAUGUCUAGUAAAAUUCUUUUUAGAUGUAUCUGUCGCGAUUGUUGUAUGAUUGGUUUCUUUAAUCAAAUGCUUUUACACGCUCAUAUGUAGAAAUCACACUGAAUUGAAAACAAGUCCCAUUUCCCGUUAAUCUAAAAACAUAUCUAUCAGGCUGUACCAUGAAUCAAAUACAUGUAAAACGCAGCUCAUUAUAAGUAUAAGAAUAUAGUACAACCUUCAUUCACAACAUUCUCUCAUCAACUGCCAAACAAAAUGCACGGACACCAAAGACAGACAAUAGACACUACAUCACAAUUACAAAAAAAUUAUGUCAGGUAAUGGAGUAAAAGCGUUCAUUAAUUAAACUAAAACACACAAGACACACUGCUCUAAAUAAAACACAAUAUUCGGUGUGCAACAAUUAAAUAUCCACACUUGACAGUAGCAACUAAUAUUUUGGUAGCAGUUAUUAUUAUUUUUAUUUGAAUAUUAUCAAAAACCCUAAUUACUUUUUUCAGAUGUCUUUGAUGUGGCUCACCUAAAACAGGUACACAAUUAUAUUUUUUAUCAUUUUGAUGCAUACAGUCAAAUCAGUAUAAAAUGAUUUAGCCCAGAGAGCAAAUUAUUUUUUAUUUAAAUUAUCUAAAUCGGGGGUGGCUAGCCAGCCUUGAUGGCUAAACAGGCCACUAUGAUCAGGAGUCAACUCUUUGUAGGCUGAAUGUCCUUAACCUUAAUAACGAAAAUAAAUAUCAAAUAAAUGAUGUAUACAAUUAUUUAUUUAUUCAUAAUGCACAUAAUUAUCAGAUCAUAAGAUCAUUUUUGUACAGCCACACAUAAAUAAAUUAGAAAAAGGUGCCAGUCACUGUCACUUUCAGCCACAGGGGGGGAAACAGAAAUUGAGGACAACAAAAAGUCUCCCACGAGUGAAAAUGGGGAGGGGGCUGCAACUGCCCCCAGAAUUUUUAUUGAUAAGUUCUAAAUGCAAGGAUGCACUUUUGCAAAUACCUGAAUUUAGUUUUUCAUCAUUCUUCACUUAACUGAAGAACAACAGAUGAAAUGCUAGUGGAAACUUAGGUCCCCUUGAUCCAUCUAUGUUUUUAUAAAUCCUUUAAUUUUAAUAGUUACUUAAUGGUAAAAAAAAAUUUAAGUAUCAUUUAAGAUUACUAAUUCGAAUCUAUUUUUUAUUUUUAUUUAAUCAGUCCAAAAGAGGGACUGGUACAUUAUAAUGCUGCAAACCAUCACAAAAUUAUGCAUUAUAUCUAUUUUAAAUGUGCGUUUAUUGCAAGAAUGAAAAUAAUUGCUAGAAGAGAGAAAAAAAUAAAUUCAUUUGUGAUACAUCCACGGGAGCCACACUUUUUAAUGUGGACAGCUGCUGUAUGGCCCUCUGAAGAUCUAAACUACCAAAUCAUAAAAAAUACCUUAAAUGCAAUGUAGUCUUUUUUUUACUCAACUUUCAUACUAUAAUCUAAAUAACAAAAUAAACUGGCACAUAAUGUUAAUGUAAAUACUAAAUAUGUAAGGCUUUAUUUAAUACAAAAAAAAUCGAAAACAUCAUGCCUUGAAGAUUUUUGUUCAGAGAUUUUACUUGCAUUCUGUUGGCUUGCCAAAACUGUCUCUUUCUUUUAACACUUUUAUUUCAUAUAUCGUAGGGAACUUAUUUUUAAUUUUAUUAAAGGCUUAUCUAGUGUAUGAUUGAAAAGUGAUUUUUCAACAAAAAAAUUUCACCAUGCUAAAGAAGUGAAUCAGAUCUUCAGGGCACUGUUUUUAGUGUGUUUAAAUUCAUCUUUGUUAGAAAGUCUUUCUUAAAAAGUUUUAAAAAUAUUUUUUUUUGCUACUUUUUAGUAUUAAAAUUUUAAUCAGUAUAUUAGCCCAAGUCUAAUUGCCAUAUGCCCUGCACCGAAACCGUUCCGAACAACCAUUCCCCUACCCACUCUUCUCCCGCCACUCACCAAGUGAGCACUGCACGAGUGAUAGAGUCAGGUGUGUCAACAAAAAAAUUCAAUUUGAGCACAAGGUGGAAAAGCCAGUAAAAAGAAAGUCAUUAAAAAUAGAUUUUAAAAAACCUAAUAAUUAAAUUAUUUAAUCUAAUUUAAUAUCUCCUGCAGACUAGCAAAAUUGCUAGCAGAAGAUGAAGAGGUCUGAAGUAUGACCUAUAGUUUUUUUAAAAUAAAAUAUUUUCUUCUUGAUGCUUCAAUAUAAAAAUUAAUGUUCAAAAAUUAUGUUUAAAAAAUGCUCUACAUCAGAAUGUCAACUGCUUGGUAUAUUUUUUUGAUAGGGUAUUUUAAUUGCCCUUAUUAUUUUUUAAAUUGUCUUCAGGGCCAGAUCCUGCUUAUUGAUUUUAAUCCUUAUGGGGUUGUUACUGAUGGUCUAAUGUUUUCAUGGUGUGAAUUAAAUCAACUGGCUGCCCAAAAUCAAGAGGUAAAUUAACUGUUUGAGCUUUUUGUUUAAAUUCUUGAAAAUAAAAACUAACUAAUUUAUUUUUAGGGAAUUUAUUUUAGACCAUGUUAAACCAUAGUUUAAAACAGCAUUACAGUUAAAAAUGGUAGUUAUGUCUAUAUAUUGGCUAAAUGCUUAUAUUUAUUAGCUAUAAAUGUUGUAGUGAAAAAAAAUGUUCUUUAAUGCUUUUUAAUUAUAGAGUAGUUAAACUAAGUUAGACAUUGGCAUAAAUAAAGCUGUAGCUAUCCAUAGAGCUGAAAGUGCGACUUACUUCAAAAUUAUAAAAUUAAAUGAAAAUUAAUUUCGUUUUUAAAACGUUCACUUAAAAAAGUAGUUAUUUGAAUGUUUGCAAUACAAGAGUUACAUAGCUUGAAGAAGUAAGUUAUGUGAAGUUAGAUGUAUUUUUAAAAUAUUGAAAUUUUCUCAGCCAUGUUUCCGCUUUGUGGAGAGUGAAGAAGGUAUCCAGAGUAUUGAUUAUGCCAACUAUUCUCUGCCACAAGAUAUUCAAGACCUUACGGCAGGGGAAGAUCCUUACAAACUUAUGGAUCUUAUGAAAAUGGUAUUUUUAUGCAUUUUUUAAUCUACAAAUUAUGAUUUGUGAUUAAGAAUUUGUAUCAAUCAAUACAUUUCAACUUUGUUUUAUCAUCUGAAUAAAUGAUAAUAAAUUAAUAAGCCUUUACAGAUAAUCGAAAGGCUUGUAAAUUUAAAUUUGAUAUGAAAAUGUUUAAUUUUCAAAACUAUAUUUUUACAUAAUAACACUUAUGUUUCUUAUUUUCCUUUUUUAAAAUGUUUCAAUAAAUUUUUUUGUAUAAAUGAUAGGAAAUGCAGUUUCAACCAAAAACUGACUGUAGUUCAAUAGUUAACACAGCCUUGUAACUUUCCUGCUGUAGUUCAAUAUUUAACAUCGCUUUGUAACUUUCCUUUAGAAAAUACAGAAAGAGUUUGACAGUGACUCCAGUUCAGAUGAUGAUACCAUACAAGAGAACCAAGGGAGUGAACAAGUGACCAAGACUGACAAAAAAACAAACAUGCCAGAUGACUCACGAGGCUCUGAAAAUCUCAGAUGAUAUUACUUAAUGAAACCCAUUUAUAUUGUUAUUAAUAUACUUAAAAGGCUGGAGUACCCAGUAAACAAGGUAUAAAUGAAUAGAUUGCUUCAAGUUUUGUUGCGUAUCAUGGAAAGUCAGUAGCGAAACUGAAUAAUACUCUCUCAACAGAUUGUCGCAGAUGAUAAAUAAAAUACAUUCUUGUUUCUGGAUUAUGAUGUUGCAAUACUUUUUUUUUCCUCUGUGUGUUGGGCUUGUAUUACCCAAUUUCAGUUUCAUCUUAACACAAUUCAAUUUUUUGGAAAUUUUAGAAUCUAAGUGGUUUAACUUAGGGAUUAUUUAAAAUUGCUUCACAUUUUUCAGACAUCAAAGGAUUAAAUUGCCCUAUCUUAAUGAGGAUUAAUGCUCAAAAGAGAAAUUUGAGUACAAUUAAAGCCUUUUUUAUUAAAACAUGGUUAUUUUUUUUUUUUUUUCAUUGAUAACCUAUAAAAUAUAACAAAAUUAAAGAGGGUAUUUUGUUAAUCUCAUGAAAUUAUCUUUUAUUACUAAAUUUGGUUUAGACAUAAAUAUAUAUUAUUUCUAAACAUAUUUUCACAUUA